UGCUCAAUACCUCGCUGGCCUGCCCAUACACAACGUUCUCCCGCCCAGCCUUUGACGAAGCACCUUCAAGGCUUUUAGGUUUCAAGGCUUCCAGGUUUCGACGGACGGUGAAAGAAUGGGAAACCAAACGGCGGCGGAUUCCUCGUAUGAGGACUUGCCGUCGGUAAACGGUGGGGAUCACGAUCUUGUGCAGCGCGUUUCGUUGCAGGAAUACUCGAGCGUCAAGGCUCACGACGAAGACGAAGACGACGAACUGAGUGAUCCAGACUUGGAGCAGCGUGGAUCUCCAGCGUUGAGACGAAGAGCACCACCAUCCAAUUCAUUUUCAGUCUCCUCGUUUCGUCGGGGCAACGUUCUGCUUUACGUAUGGUUGACGAUUAUCGGGGUAGUUGCCUUACUCGGAGUGGCCUUGUUGGGCUUUCGUCACUACUUGCUGGCAAGUGAGCACCAAACUACCAAUCUGGGGCAAAGAUGGAGUCCAAAUAAUCCUCCAGCAACAAGUGACGGAAAGGGAGGCGCCCCAAUUGCGGUCGAGGGUGGAUCCUCGUCGGUGUCCGGAUUUACCGUUGCUCAUGAUCCCAAUGCUUACGCUACCUGGAAUCCGUACAAUCUUUCCGCGGAGCACAUUCGUGUCGUUCCCUCCUCUUCUGUACAUGUCGGUACCAACGGCCUAGCCACUGAAGAAGGACUGGGAUAUCUCACGCAACCUAGUAUCGUCAACAAUACUGUCGUCUUUGUCAGCGAAGGAGACUUAUACUUGACGUACUUGGAGACUACCGAGAACUCACGUGCACAACGACUCCCGGCCGUCAAGCUGACUACGACUGAAGGGAACGUACGGACGCCGGUUUUACAUCCCAAUCGAUCCCUCGUGGCCUUUACCGCUACCUACACUUCCCGACGCGAAGCCUACGUCAUGGAUCUCGUCACCCGUCGUACCAAGCAGGUUUCCUUCUUCGACAGUGCCUACGGCGUCUCGGCGAUUGCGGGAUGGUCAGAUGUCGAUACGCUAGUCGUUGUGGCUGAUUCGAAUCAAAUCAGCUUGCCGGAUAUGCGCUUGUACACGAUUCGAUUGCAACAACAACAUCAAUAUUUAACGGUGGAUCAGGCCAUGCGUGGCAAAGCCGUUUUGGAUGUCACACCCGUUCCCUUGGCGCAAGCGACCGAAGGUUUUUUUGAGGAAGGUUGCUGGUACUUUGUCCGUUUCAAGCAAAGUUCCCAUACAGCUCGCUAUGUGGGUGGGACAGCUGAAGCUCUGUGGGCAUAUUGCGAUGGACAAGCUCUGGCCUAUCCCCUUACACCCAACUACAACGGCACUUCGAAAACCCCAAGUAUAUAUGAGACUGCAACAGAGAAGUAUUUAUUGUUCUUGUCAGAUCGCAACACGGAUAAUCGGCCAUCCACAAUGAAUCUAUGGGCAACGCCCCUACCGACUUCGUCGAACCUGAAAAAGGGACACUUCGUGAUGCCCAAACCAAUACAGAUUACUAACGUGGCGUGUCAAAUGGAAGGACUAGCGUUGCAAGAGUAUGCCGUCGAUCCUAUCUCGAAAAAAAUUGUAAUGCGGAUCGGAGCAGAUUUAUUCGAAUUGACGGCGGAGCAAGUCCAAACCAUGUUGCAAAGCCUCAAUACCGGCUCCACGCCUCCCACACCGACUCGGUUACCGGUUCUAGUCUAUUCCGACUUUCACGGACUCCAAGAGCGUAUCCGAGUCGUGAAUGUGCUGCGCGAUUUAAAGUCACUGGAUGUUUUCGAAACGGCCGUAGGUACACAGGCAGCCUUGUUGACAGUAAGGGGGCAGUUGUUUGUCGCUCCAGUCUCGGAAAACGUGGCACACAGCAAGACGUAUCAAGGCGCCGGUCAAAAUCUUCCACUUCGCCGGUAUCGUGUAGCACCAGGAACCAUGACUGCCGGAUCUAUGCGAGUUUUGAGUGCGCAGUACGUUCCCAUUUUGGCCGAUCGGAACCAAGAAAAACGUCGGAUGGCCAUCGUUUUGGCCACGGAUCCACGCAGUCCGACGGCGGAGCACUCCUUUUUCCUCUUACCGAUUGACACGGAUGCCGUCAACAUGUUUUCCGCAUCAGAUCUUUUGCCAAAACCCUUCUUGGGUGGCUAUGAAAAUGGCGGAUCGACUCGUCAAGGGGGUUUGGGCUCGGUCCGGUCUGAUAGUGUUAAAGUCAGCCCCUGCGGUCGGCGAAUGGCUUGGACCGACACGGAUGGACGAGUGUGUCUGACAACCGUACCACUCUAUCAAAAUGAAACCAACUAUACUGUUUUGCCAUCUAAGAACGAACUGGGAGAGCCUAUCAAUGGCGCGUCAGCAGAGCUUGUUUGGAGUCCAGGUGGGCGCUACUUAGCCAUCAGUCAUCCGGCCACCAAUCAAUUUCAGGUUAUUAGUAUUGUCGAUUGUGGAGACCCUAACUCUCCAGAAGAUCCAACUGAGGUGGUAGAUAUUAACAUUGGUCGGAUUGUCCAAGCUACACCUUCCCGUUUCAAUUCGUACGAACCCUUUUGGGGCAUCACCGGUAGAGACCUGUCGACUCGGGCUAUCGAAGAAGUCCUGGCCGAUCUCCAAGGCACUGGAAGACCGGAUGAGGUAGCGACUACGCUCUACUUUCUUUCAGACCGAGAUAUUCAAACCGAGGUUUCUAGUCCUUGGGGAUCUCGUGCCCCAUCGCCAUAUUUUCCAACUAUGAGUGCAUUGUACGGUCUUCCUUUGACUUCUGUCAAUUUGGGCGACAAAGAGGAUGCGUUUAUGGGGCGAUUUGCGGGUGGUGGUGUAGCUGAAGCCUUUGUUGACCAGCUCAUGGCGUUAGACAAGCAGCUGGAGGCUCUCAUGGUUGGUGAUAGCAAGGACUCAAGUCGUCGACUGGAAAAGGACCAAGACGUUCAAGCGCGCGCGAUAGUCGCACGGAAGCUUCAGCGAUAUCGUAGCCACGCGAUUUCCCGUCUGUUGGACGACACCAAGGCUCCCACAUCCGCCCCAACAACUACAGCAGACCGUAAGACCGUAUUUCCUUCGGACAUGGAAAUUGAUUUUAGUGGGAAGGACUUGACUUUUGCUCGUCGGGCGUACAGGCUUGCUCACGUUCCGGAUGCUCACUACUUAGCGAUUUUGACACAAGCACAGGACGAUGGCAGUGUUGCUCUCGUCGAAAAUACUGAUGACGGACGAAAAGUCAAAUUAUUUGUUGCUGACCCAUACCCAAGCGAUGGUGUUGAUAUUGAGAAAUCAUCGAUAUCGGUCGUUGGAUGGGGGCUGAGUACAACUAGAGACUUUCUUUACCUUGUCUUUGCUUCCGGGACGACGAAAACUAUGUCAAACACCGCUGCAGGCAUGAUGGCAGCGUUCCUCGAUGCCGCAUCUGACGAGAGCAUUGUCGACACAAAUAACAUGGCCGUUUCAAUCUGGCCUCAGUUGGAGUACGAACAAAUGUACAACGAUGCUUGGAGAAUGCUACGGGACUACUUUUACGAUGCCGACAUGCACCAAGUAGAUUGGGCUGGAGUACAUGGUCGUUACAAAUCUCUUGUUGUAAGGUGCACGAAACGCGAAGAGCUGGACGAUGUCUUGGCACAAAUGGCUUCUGAAUUGAGUGCUCUGCACGUCUUUGUUUACGGAGGCGAGUAUAGCCUUCCUUUUGGGGGUGAUACGAAGAAAAUCUCCCUUCACGAGCCGGCCAGUUUAGGCGUCACAUUCAAGAGAGUACCAGAGUGGAAGGGGUACAUGAUAACCGAAAUUCCUCAACGAGAUCCAGACUUCAACACCGUCAAUGGAGACGCGGUGUAUUGCCCUGUCUCAGGGCAAGCGUUGGAGCCGACCGGCCAGAAUGGGCUAGAAGUUGGCGACGUCGUAGUUGGGGUCAACGGUGAAAGCGUCAUGCACGCAACGGAUCUCCACAUGCUACUACGUGGAAGUGCGGGUCGAAGUGUGCGCCUUGAAGUCCUUCGUUUAGAGUCUGGGAAUGUACGAAGUACAACGAACGAAAUGAUCUCCGAGCCCUUGAUUGUGGUGCCAAUCACUCCAAUGGCUGCCGCGGAUUUACGGUACCAAGCCUGGGAAUGGCGAACGCGACAAAAGGCUAAGGAGCUGGCUGUCAAGGCUGGUUUCUCAGUGGCAUACAUUCACAUGCAAUCUAUGUUACAGCAUGACAUGAAUGCAUUUGCACGCAACUUCUUCCCGGACUAUGACGCACAAGCUCUGAUACUUGAUGUGCGCCACAAUCGCGGCGGCAACAUCGACUCUUGGAUUCUCACUCUUUUGCAGCGCAAAGCCUGGAUGUAUUGGGGAGACCGCGUUGGUGUACGUACAGGAGAUUUGGAUUGGGACGAACAGUUUGCGUUUCGUGGUCACAUCGUGGUUCUGAUCGACGAGCACACGGCGAGCGAUGGGGAAGGAGUGUCCCGAGGUAUUUCGGAGCUAGGACUAGGACGAUUGGUCGGAACCAGGACCUGGGGCGGUGGCAUUUGGCUGUCGUCGGACAAUCGGCUGGUGGACGGCGGUAUUGCUUCUGCACCCGAAAUCGGUACCUUCAACGAUAGGCUUGGCUGGGGAAUGGGCAUCGAACAACAAGGUGUAGUGCCAGACGUCGAGGUGGACAACAAUCCUCGGACCGCCUACAGUGGACACGACGAACAGCUAGAACGAGCGAUUGCAGAGCUGGCAGAAUGGCUUGAGGAAGAGCCUGUAAUUCAUCCUCGUCCUCUGGAGCCCAAACACGAUAUGUCGCUUCAUGACACAUGUUCAGUGUGA